AUGAUAGCAAUGGGUAAUAAGUUGAAUAACAGACCGCCAACAGAUGCAGAGUUGAUGGAAAUAGUGAACAAUGAUGAAUUUUGGGAGGAAUCCGAUGACCGAGAAGGACGUACUGAUGAAGUUCGAGCUACUGCAAUUGCGGAUGAUAGAAUCGAUGGACUAAGGCAAAUUUUGAACAGCGCUGAACAAAGUGAUUUCGACGAGGAGGACAAUGAAAUGCCAAUUCCACCUAAACAAGAAACUGAAGAACAAUCUGGUUUAGAUGAAGACAUGGAUAUUCAAAAAGGCUACUCCUCAAUCCGAAACUGA